AUGCAAGAAACCGUGAGAUUUGAUGACAAUGAGGAUGUGAAGAGCCUGAGCGGCACGCCGGAGAGCAUCACAUUGACCGCCGAGGUUCUCCGCCGCCUCGCAUGCCACAGGCAAGGCAGUGGUGGUGCUGACUGUAGCCGUGGCAAUCACCAAACGCAGAACGGCCCAUCGGGCAAUACAGCAAAGGAGAAAGGCGAGCAGCCGUCUUUUGAAGAGUUCCCCCAGUUUCACCGCUGUGUUGAUGCCGAGGCGCGUCGCAUUCUUGCCUAUAGGUAUCUCAAGGCGAACCGAUUCGACGUCGACAAUGCUAUAAAGAUGAUCCUGGAGACAAAUGAAUUCCGCAAGGCUCAUAAGCUGGAUUCUCUAUUACUCUUCCCCUCACUCAUUCCGCUGCGUGGGUUUAAUGAAGAACAUUUAUGCACCACGUUACACUUACCAGUGAUGAAUGCCGACUUUCAGACAUGCGACGAAAAUUGCACGAAUAUGCUGAACUCCGGUGGGUACCUGAACAACCAUCGAUUUCUGCGGCCAAUCUUCGACCUCAUCAACAGUUUCUACGCAAGUAGUAUUCACUAUUGGGACAAGGAAGGCCAUCCUGUUAUGUACGGUCGACUGGAGCAUGUAAAGGCAAAGAAGCUUUACCAGGCGCUGUGGAAAAUAACACCAGUUCGCCAGCGCCCCGAAAACCUUGCGGCCCUCUUUCAUUUAUACGGCAACGAGAUGCUUGGAAGGGUCGUGGAGUAUUGCAACAUUGUUAGACCGUCGCGAGGAGGUGUGGAGACAAAUGGGUUGAAGAAAUGUAUUACAACGGCAACUGUUGUCAUUGAUUGUAUGGGAAUGUGCUUUCAAGAUUUUGUCCAGAGCCCCUUCGUACGCAUCGUCCGAGAGAUGAUCAAGCUGGAUCAUAAGUACUACCCGGAACUCCUAGAGCGGCUCCUGUUAGUGAACUGUCCUGGUGGCGUGGCGUUCAGUCACUGGGCAUUUAGCUUCUUUGGCACAAGCAAGCAUGGUCUACGGAAAAAGAUAAUGUGCGUCAGCGAGAGGAAGACACCUGCUGUGUUGAGAGAAGUGAUAGACGUGGACAAAUUGCCAGUUUUUCUAGGCGGCGCUUGUAACUGUAUAUUGGGCUGCGUUCCGCUGAAUAGAAAUACGCUUAGUGCAGAGAGCAUUGUCUCACAACACGGUUGUCCAAGCUCAUCGACAUGCGGUGCGACGAGUGAGGACCGCAAUGAGGUGCUUGGAGAGGUACUGGGAGAUACAGUAUCUGAGAGUCUUAACACUCUGCAGAAUGAUGACGUUCACUAUGUUGUUGUGCCACCUCGUGAAAAGUACAUUCUUUCGUAUGACAUGAUGUCGUUCGAAGACAUCACGUGGGAGUUUGCCGUGAAGCGCGGAGGAGUCAAGUUCAGUGCUGUAUUCAUUGAGUGCACGGAAGAAGGCCGCACGGAAGUGCUGAAGCCACCGUCCACCGUAAAGGAGGGGGCGGACCAUUUUGUCUUUGGUUGUCAUGGGGAACUUAUUUUAACGUGGGACAACCGACGGUCUUUCUUCACGGAGAGAAAACUGCAUGUGCGUGUGCACCGUACCCCUCGGGGGGAGCGCUCUCCGUCCCACCACCCCACCUCACGGAGCAAUUCCUGCGUUCAGAGCCCGUAG